UGCUUGGCCACCAAGGGCUAUCAACCUCGAAUUUGCCUGGGACCAUGCCAUCACAGUGCUUGCAGUUAGGCAAUGAUGCUAUAUUUGUCGCACGCUGCCUUGAUCGUGCACUUCCAGAUACGAACGUGUGAGUCUUGGCUGCGAAGUCGUAGAUGUCAUGGAAGUAAGCACGCAGGAAUCAGGCAGCCGGUGGUUUUGGUGUACUUGUGAUGGUGCUUGGGUAUAGUCUGGACGAGGGGAUGAAGAGGUGUAUAAAAGAGGUGGUCCCUUGGGGAUGAGAAUAGAGCAUCACAGCAGCGCAUCUUCAAACUUCAGUCUCCGGGACCAUAUCUACUUCCGCAUCAAAAUCCUCAUUGCUUCUUCUUCUUAGAUACUUUACCAUGCGUCCAUCCCAAAUCCUCUCCUAUGCCACUCUGGCAGGCAUGAGUGUAGCCCAGGGCGAUCUUGGUGCUCUUCUGGCUUCACAACCCGAUCUUAGCACUCUCCUUGAGCUAGUCGGUCUUGUAGAUGGUCUAGCUGACACUCUCUCCGCUGCCUCCAACAUCACCAUCUUCGCGCCUACGAACGAUGCGUUCGCAGCCGUACCACGCGACGUGCCCGAGGGCCAGGCCAUUGAGAACAAGAACGACACUAUUGCCAUUGGUGCCCUGCUCGCCAACCACGUCUUCAAGGGCGUAUAUCCCGCCAGCGUCAUUACUGAUAUCCCAACAUUUGCACAAACCCUCUUGGACAGUUCGUACGUGAACGAAAUCCAACCUUUUUCCAACUUUACUGGGGGAGCAUACAACGAGCUUGUCAAGAACGGAGAAGAUGUCUGUGUCAUCUCGGGAGAACAAACCAUCUCCACUGUUACUGAAGCCGACAUCAUGCUGGGCGAAGGCAUCACCAUCCACAAAGUCGAUACAGUCUUGUCCUUUGGCGCACCUUUCCAACUCUUCACCUAUCGCUCGGGCUACUUUGCCAUGAACGCCGCCCUCGAAGCCGCCCAACUCGCCAUCGACUUUGGCCUCUCCGGCCCUGAAGCCACCGGUCUUAACAUCUCCGACUUUACCAUUUUCGUACCUACCAAUGAGGCCUUUGAAUCCAUAGGUUCCGUGCUCGAGUCUGCGGACCAGGCAACCCUACAGGAAGUACUCAAGUACCACAUUAUUCCUAGCAAUGUCAUCUUCUCAACUGCGCUGGGUAAUGUCACGGUCAAAAGUCUCCAGGGUGCAGAUUUGGUCUUUACGGUCCUUGAGGAUGGGAGUGCGUGGGUCAACGGUGCGAAGAUCAUUUAUGCAAACACUAUUCUUUUCAACGGUGUUGCGCAUGUAAUCGACAGUGUUCUAAGCCCCCUUGCUCCAUUCGACCGCGCAUCUCUCGAGCCUUCUGCACCAGCAGCCGAUCGUGUCGCUUUCGAAGGCGCAACUUCCGUCUCUGAGCUCCCAUUCUCUAGCGUUUCUCUCGCUUUCGGAGGUGACCUCAUGACCUACACGACUACACCAGAGCUCCUCAAAACCGUUGCUGCUGUUGCUACGCCUACAGCCGCCGUCAACGCUACGACUACAGGCUCACCCAUGUCAACCUACACUGGAGGUGCGAUGGGAAUGCUGCCUGGUGCUGGUAUGGCUGUCGCUGGAGCCAUCGGCAUUGCUGCUGCUCUUGUUUAGGUCACUAGAGCAUAGAAGUAGUGAGGACUAGGAUUCGAAGAACAUGGUUUCAAGUUAAACGCAGUAUAUGAUACGCAUUUCUGGAUGGCAUAACAUAUAGAUCUCAUUCGUUUGUUGAUUUUUCCGAUAGCGAGCGCACUUGUGGUUGUUUCAGGCGAGGAUGGAAGUUGGGAACUAGAGCAUAUUUAGUAAUCACGUUGGAGUAGCAUACCCUUACCAUAACGUCUAGUUAACAGAGGUCUUGUAGUGGAAGAAUUUCAUCAUGUGAAUUUCAAAUAUGAAUGUGA